AUGAAUCUUAAUCCUUCAAAAUGGCCAUCAUGGCUGCUUAUGUCAGCAAUUCUUCUCUCACUUGCAGCAGUCAUCUCCAUUAUUCCCAUCAGAUACAUUGUUGAAUUAAGAAUGAUUUUUUCAAUCGCAAUGGGAAUCGCUCUUGGUGUUUACAUAUCAGCCGAAUAUUUCCUACAAGCAACCGUUUUACACAUCCUUAUCGUCACAACUACGGUUUGCACCUCUGUGUUUGUGGUCUUUACCCACCUACCGUCUGCUUCUAGCACGAAAGUUCUACCUUGGGUGUUUGCUUUACUGGUGGCUCUAUUUCCGGUCAUGUAUUUGUUAGAGGGUCAGGUCCGGGUCAAGACGAUUCUAGCCGAUAGUGGGGUCGGUGACUUGGGUGAGGAAGACAGUAAACUAACUGCCUUGCUGGCGGUCGAGGGUGCAAGAACGUCUUUACUGGGGUUGUAUGUUGCGAUUUUUAUGCUUAUAGCACUCGAGAUUAAGUAUGAGCUGGCAUCACUCAUGAGGGAAAAAUUCAACGAGAAGGGUGGCGGUGGUAUUAGACAUAGUCAAUCUGGUCAAAGCAGCGAUUCCGGUUCUUCGUUCCCUAAAAUGAGGUUCAUGCAGCAACGUCGGGCGUCUACGGUACCCGCGUUUACAAUCAAACGGAUGGCUGCAGAGGGUGCAUGGAUGCCAGCUGUUGGCAACGUGGCAACCAUUAUGUGUUUUGCCAUAUGUCUUAUAUUGAACGUUAAUCUCACAGGCGGGUCAAACCGUGCGAUAUUCCUUUUGGCGCCUAUACUCUUGCUACUCAAUCAAGAUUCGGAUUUCGUUGCGGGUUUUGGGGACAAACAGAGGUAUUUCCCUGUUACGAUUGUGAUAUCUGGUUAUUUGAUUUUGACAUCAGUUUACAGCAUAUGGGAAGAGAUUUGGCAAGGGAAUGUCGGUUGGGGGAUGCAAGUCGGUGGGCCGAAUUGGUUAUUCGCGGUGAAAAAUUUGGCGUUGUUGAUUUUGACAUUCCCGAGUCAUAUCCUGUUCAAUCAGUUUGUGUGGACAUGA